UUUAAAAUGGUAUCUAAAAAGGCUUUGGCCAUCGGUGGUGCUAUCACCUUCGUGGUUGUCCUCGUUCCAUCGGUACUGCUGUUCGAAGAUACGUUCAUGAAUAAGUGCUUGGAGGUUAAAGAGGAAGAAAAAACCUGUAAAAGAGCAUUGGUUCUCUUCAAACAAGCCUAUGUAGGGAAGGACCCGGAUACUGUCACUCCAGACAAUUAUAAAGAACUCUUUGAUCUGAUCCCCUUCAAUCAUCCAUGCAAAAAAACAAUGCUGUGGAGCAAAACAAGUGAUUUGGUCAAGUUGGUUGAAAAAGGAAAAUGCUACGUCCCCAUUGCACACAAUAAGUUGGGAUACGUGCUGGACGAUUUUAAAUGGUGUGGGAAGAAGAACAGCAUGGAAACUUUCACUGGUGCCGAGUGCAGUGACAAGCAGGACAAAAUCCCUUCUUAUUCAUUUUGGACCAUGGCCUCCAUCAGGUAUGCACAACAUGCCUGUGAAGAAGUCAAAGCGCUGCUGAAUGGAGAUGUGGAAGUCCCAUACGAUACUAAGAGUUUCUUUGGACGUUUUGAGGUACCUAAACUUGAUCAUACCAAAGUGACGAAACUGGAUGUUAUUCUGGCUGUUAAGAAGAAAGGGAUGCAGUGCAAUGACGAAUCCCUCAAGAAUUUAAAAAAUGAGCUGAAACAAAAAGGAAUCGGUUACGAUUGCAAUGAAGUGCUCAGAUGCCAAGUGAAGAAAAUAUUAAAUACCUGCUGAUGGAGUCUGUAAAUGUCAAGAGUUACUCAAAAUGUGAUUUGACUGACUUAGUUGUGAUCGCACAAUAAAAAUAAUUUGAGCAAAAAUGAAA